AUGUUGUCUAACCUUCUCUUCACUGCUGCGCUUGCAGCUGGCGUGGCUCAGGCCCUGCCUCAAGCGACCACCUCGAGGGCUACCAGUACCACUCGCGCCACGACGACAACGGCUGCUCCAGCAGCGACUGGGAACCCCUUCGCUGGCAAGGACUUCUACGCCAACCCAUACUACUCCUCCGAGGUCUACACCCUGGCCAUGCCAUCUCUUGCCGCAUCUCUGAAGCCCGCUGCUUCCGCCGUGGCCAAGGUCGGCUCGUUCGUUUGGAUGGACACGAUGGCCAAGGUUCCUCUCAUGGACACCUACCUGGCCGACAUCAAGGCCAAGAACGCCGCCGGUGCGAAGCUGAUGGGUACCUUUGUCGUUUACGAUCUGCCCGACCGUGACUGCGCCGCCCUUGCCUCCAACGGUGAGCUCAAGAUCGACGAUGGUGGUGUAGAGAAGUACAAGACGCAGUACAUCGACAAGAUUGCCGCCAUCAUCAAGAAGUACCCCGAUGUCAAGAUCAACCUUGCCAUCGAGCCCGACUCCCUGGCCAACAUGAUCACCAACAUGGGCGUCCAGAAGUGCUCGCGCGCUGCCCCCUACUACAAGGAACUCACUGCCUACGCCCUCAAGAGCCUCAACUUUGCCAACGUCGACAUGUACCUCGACGGCGGUCAUGCUGGCUGGCUCGGCUGGGACGCCAACAUUGGCCCAGCCGCAAAGCUCUAUGCCGAGGUCUACAAGGCGGCUGGCUCGCCCCGUGCCGUCCGUGGUAUCGUCACCAACGUCAGCAACUACAACGCUUUCCGCAUCGCUACCUGCCCUUCCAUAACCCAGGGCAGCAAGAACUGCGACGAGGAGCGCUACAUCAACGCCUUUGCUCCUCUGCUCAAGGCCGAGGGCUUCCCAGCUCACUUCAUUGUCGACACUGGCCGCAGCGGUAAGCAGCCUACUGGCCAGCAGGCUUGGGGAGAUUGGUGCAACGUCAAGGGUGCUGGCUUCGGUAUCCGUCCUACUACCAACACCGACAACGCGCUUGUCGAUGCUUUUGUCUGGGUCAAGCCCGGUGGCGAGUCUGACGGUACUUCCGACCAAUCUGCUGCUCGCUACGAUGGCUUCUGCGGCAAGGACUCCGCGUUCAAGCCUGCGCCUGAGGCUGGUACUUGGUUCCAGGAUUACUUUGCGAUGUUGCUCCAGAACGCUAGCCCCGCUCUUGCAUAG